UGGAAAUAAUUGAGGAGACAGAGGGGCAGACAAAGACACAGCUCUGCUAGAAAAGAAAAAAGGGAACAAAAACGAAACUAGACGCUCCAAGAUGGAAAUUAUAUAAAGUCAGCUUGAGUUCAGAUUCUGGAAAAUCCACAGUUUAACUCGGGAAUGCGGGCGGACGCAGCUGAGCAGUGAGGAAGUGGACAAGAAUAGGAGACUGCUGGGCAACAAGUCUGUAGUGGGUCAGAGACCAAGUGGAAGCGCCGAGUCGGAUUUACGAAAGAAGCUUGAACUGAGAUUUGAAAGGAGUGAAUCUCAUCUCCAGGAUGUCGGUGUCUCGGAGGUGUUUAUGCUGCGUCAAAUACUUGAUGUUUGUCUUUAAUCUCAUCUUCUGGCUCGGAGGAUGCGGCCUGUUCGGCGUCGGGGUCUGGCUGUCCUUCACGCAGGCCGAGUUUUCCUCUCUUCCUCUGUCCUUCCCGUCGCUCUCGGCCGCCAACCUGCUGCUGGUGGCUGGAGGCAUCACAAUGGUGACGGGUUUCCUGGGAUGUCUGGGGGCCCUGAAGGAGCAGCGCUGCCUGCUGUGCAUGUUCUUUGCCAUCCUGCUGCUCCUGGUCCUAACUGAGGUGACCCUGGUGUUGGUUAUUCACAUCUUCCACGAAAAGCUGGAUUCAAAAGCUCAAAACGAGCUAAAGGAAGGGAUGAAGAUUUAUGAGUCGGAACCUGGACUGAAGAAAUCCUGGGACAACGUGCAGAAAAUGUUCAAAUGCUGCGGAGUCACCAAUAAGACGGACUGGUUUGAGGUUCUGAACGGGACGCUGCCGUCGUCCUGCUGCUCCGUGGGGACUGAACGAUGCAUCGACGGCUGGGUGGAGCCGUGCUACCACAAGGCCAGAACGUGGCUGCUGGACAACAUCCCGUCUGUGCUGGUGUUUGGAGUCUGUAUCGGAGUCGUGCAGAUCUUGGCCCUGGUCUUCUCCAUGGUGAUGUACUGUCAGAUUCUCUGCACCGAGAAACACAUGGACUGACUGAACACUCCUGACCACAGCUUUUGAACUCACACUUGGUUCAGAGCGAAACCUUUCGCGGUUACAAAUUUCCCUUAGUUCCUCCCAAAACAAACGACCAGAAGCAGACAUGUUGGUCAGUAAAAUCCUCAGAGUCUGUAUGAAAAGGAUUGAGUCAGUUAUUUCCAUACUAAUGUAAAUAUGCAAACAUGCUGGAUAUUAAAACGCACUAAAUUAUCUUUAUGUCCUUGAUUCCCAACACCUUUUUAAUAUGUUCUACAUCUUUAGACAGCAACAAAACAGACGCUAAUAAAACAUCAGCUUUAAAUGAAGUUGAUCCAUGAACCUCUUCACAUCUGAACAUUACAGUCUGUUGAUGUUAAAGUUCACAUCCCCAUAGCUUCAAGUAUAUUGGUUCCAGAGUAGCUGAUUUAAUAGUACGCUAAAUUUGUUCCAACUUACAAUUAUCUUAUUUCUGUGUCAUGAAACAAGAAGAAAGGGAAAUAUACCUGUAUUUACGAUUCAUAAUUUCAGUAUUUGGAUUUUAUUAUUCAUCCAGUCAAGAAGAAAAAGACGAGUUAAGACUCUUCAUAACCUGCUGGUUCAGUUUGUGUUAAGACAUGAUUUUGACAAGUAGGUCAACUGUAAAAAGGAAAAAAUACUAAUAAAAAAGAUUUUAUAUGUAGCACUAAGUUCACUUUGUUCCUACUUUCCUUCCUUGUACAUUAUUCCUGCGACAUUUGAGCACUUUGAACUGAUUUUACAGACGUUCACUGCUCCAGUUUUAUUCUAUUUCAUAUAAUCCUCACUGUAAAAUAAAACCUUUGAAAUAUUCCUUUAGUAGCUCAAGGUAUUUCUUUGUCUUUACGUAUCACAUGUUUAUCCAACUUUACCUUUUCACUGGAGUAUUUAGUCAUUUGAAUCUUAUCAUGGAGACCGAAUUGUGUUGUCAGAAGGGAAAAGGGUUUAUUUUCCAGGUGAAAGUGGUCCCGCACCAAUAAAACUGAACCUACGCAACAGAAAUUAAACGCCCACUUGAAUGGUGCUGAAAUCAUUCAUUGGAUGUAAUUUAAUUUUAGCUGAACUGGGAACGAAGAACUUUUUAUGCUUAACAAAGAGCUUCAGUCUGAUAAAGCUCAGCGUCACUGUUCAGUUUCAUUCACAUCAACCAGCUUUACAUUUUAAGAUCACUUUCAAACUUUAUCUGAAAUCACGCUGCUAUUUGUAUAUCUGCAGUGUUCCAGUGUGUCCUAACACACAUAUAUUCUGGUCGACUGACAGACUGAGCGCAUUUUAAGAUUGUCGAACAGAAAGCAGCUCUGGUCCUUUUUCAUUAUCAGCUGUUCUCCAUCGUUUAUGUCGGAUUGUUUGCAUCCAACGUCUGUUUUCUCCAUCAGUUAAAAAGGACAAACACUUUCUGUCACGUUAACCUAGUAUAAACUCCAAAUGCUCCUAAAGCAUCUAACAGAAUGAGCUUCCGAUUAAAGCUGAGGUUAGAAACAGACCGUGGAGUUGUCUUUAAAAUCUUGUUCAGUACUUAUGAUCGUAUUCGUGUGUAGUCUGGCUUUAGGUUUAGUUCUACAUGAUGUUCUGUUUCCCUGUUCAUUCGUAUUUGUUGUGAUUUGCUGUAAAUAAACAGAUUUUGCAUAAAGGA